UUUGAAAGUGGUUCUUUAUCUGUGCGUCGUCACCAUUGCAGUUCCGCGUGCUGUUUGUCAUUUUAUAUCCAACAGUCGGUGUCGUUGGGUGGUAGUUUUUUUGUCAGAUCUGUUUACCAAAUAAGCGCAAAAUGGUGGUGCCAUCGUUGCAAAAACCAGCUCCAGUCUUUAAAGGAACCGCUGUUGUCAACGGGCAAUUCAAAGACAUAUCAUUGGAGGAUUACAAAGGCCAAUAUGUAGUCAUCUUCUUUUACCCCUUGGACUUCACUUUUGUUUGUCCCACCGAAAUCAUAGCUUUCUCCGAUCGGUUUGAAGAGUUCAAGAAAAUCAAUACUGCCGUGGUUGGAUGCUCGACGGACAGUCAUUUCUCUCACUUGGCUUGGGUAAAUACCCCACGUAAACAGGGUGGUCUUGGAGAGAUGAAUAUUCCACUUUUGGCCGACAAAAACUUACAAAUUUCUCGCGAUUAUGGAGUUUUGGACGAAUCCACUGGGAUUUCUUUCCGAGGAUUGUUUAUUAUCGAUGCGAAAAGUGUUUUGAGACAAAUAACAAUCAACGAUCUGCCAGUGGGUCGGUCAGUUGAUGAAACAAUUCGUUUGGUCCAGGCAUUCCAGUUUACUGAUGAACAUGGAGAAGUUUGCCCCGCCGGAUGGACUCCAGGCAAAAAAUCUAUUAAACCUGAUGUAGCCGCAAGCAAAGAUUACUUCGGCACAGUCAACAAGUAAAUUUAAGUUUUCUCCCAAAAUUUGUUCACUGUAUGUUUUUCUUUUUGGAAUAAUUGUUUAGAUAAGGAGUACAUGUUAUUUACGUAUUCUUCAAUUUUGUUUGUUGAAACCAUGCUAUUACCCUUCCUUAUGAUAAUAUUCUCUUAAAUAAAGGCAUUAUCAAAACGCA